GGCAUGGAAAGCAGGCCAGGGCGAGGCCAGGACCUUCAGAAGGCGCGGCCCCAGGACCUGCAGGAGGUGCGGCCCCAGGACCAGCAGGCGGUGCGGCCCCAGGACCAGCAGGAGACAAAGGAGGUGCGGCCCCAGGACCUGCAGGAGACAAAGGAGAGGCCCCAGGACCUGCAGGAGACACAGGAG